GGAGUUAAAUUUAUAAGAGAGAAGUUGGGUUUCAUUUUUCUUGAGCUCCUUGAAGAGCCAAGCCUGGUGGUGGUUUCCGCCGGUUGCUGCUAAUGUGGUGGUGGUCCGCCUUGUCCCCUUGCUCUUGCGCCCCACCCUGACUAUGGUGACAGCUCGCCUUCCUGUAAAUUAUGGAAUAAUUGAUUCAGUGGUGGUGUCCUCUUCUUCCCCUUUUUCUUUCUUCACUUCCCCAGUUUUCAAGAAAGACCCAAAUUUGGCUCCUUCUUCCCCCACAUUCUAGAGAGAGAGAGAGAGAGAGAGCAACAUCUGAGAAAUUUGAUGCUGCUAGCAGUGGCAGGAAGUGGGAAUCCUUUGUUUCUUUCUCAUCUUAGAUAGAGGGAAAGAGAGAGUACCAACAUCAAAUGUGAGAAUUGAUGCUGUCUGAGAUGCUGUGUGCAGUAGAUAGGGCGUUCGUAUCGUCUGCGACUUUACCAUUUUAGAGAGAGAGAGAGAGAGAGAGAGAGAGAGAGAUCCCCAACAUCAGAUGCGAGAAGUGUGAUGCUUUUAGCAGUGGAAGGCGGGUUCAUCUCCUCGUCGGCCUCUGGCUAUUCCAAGGGUCUCGCCUUCCUGCUCUUCGGGAUCGGCGGGGAGAGAGAUGAGAGAUCCAUGAGGGUGUCUCCCUGGAGCCACCACUAUCAGCUGGUACACAAGGACAUCAAACCCGAACCCUCGCUGGCUCCGCGCAAGAACGGCGCCAGGACCCACCGGGGUUGCGCCUCAUUCCUCUGCUUCCGCCGCCCCUCAACGGGCAUCGAUGGUGCUUCGCCUCUCAAGGUCGAGCCCGUUGCUCAGCAGGACGGCCCGUCCGUCUCCCCAUCUGGAGGGAACUCCGGCGAAGUCCCCAACGGGAUCGGCGGCCCACAGGGCGUGAAGGUCUUUCUCAAGAGCAGUCUGAAGAAGCCAUUGGAGGAUGGUGAUGGCGGCGCUUCUAAGGAGGAGAGGGAGGUGGAGAAUGAGAGUUCAGUAGUGGGUACCGCUGUGAAGAGGAAAGUUCAGUGGACAGACGGUUGCGGCCGGGAGCUCACUGAGAUCCGGGAAUUCGAACCAAGUGAAGCAGGGGAAUCAGGGGAUGAAGGAGAUGAUGAAAACGGCCGAAGUUGCAGUUGUAUCAUACAGUGAAUCCGUCUGAGCUAAAGCUUGGAGUUUUAAGUCAAACCACCAUCACUUUCUCUGGUACCGCGAUAGAUGACCGUUCGAAUUCACAAACCAAAUCACGUUGAUAUUUUUGUCACGGCAAUCCAUCAGAUUGACAUGGGUAAUAUCUGGUUGAUGGUGCCUUAACAACGUGACUUUUUGGAAUGGGAGAGAGAAGGGUGGGUACGUAUUUGUACAAGUGUAUUUCAUCUAUUGUCCAUUAGUAUAUUGUCUGAUUUCAGUUCUGGAUAUAUCAGUGUGUUCCUCCUUUAUUAUAUCUGUCAUUCUCUCUC